AGAUUUAAGAAGCUAAGAAUGUGUUCAUGAGGAACACUCAACCACUCUUUCUGAUAUUGUUAUGUGUGAUAUGGCUUCCUAAUGUCUAUAUUAGUGAAGGGGUGUGAGCUACUCAUGAAGGCCAUCACAGUUAGCAAAAUAUGGCAUAAAAGAAGAAGCUUGAAUAUUGUAAUUAUUUUCAGCUCGGCGGUUCCAGAGCAAGAUGAAUGUGCUGUUUGUGGUGGCAGCCCUUGUCUUGACACUGGGAAUGACAGAGGCUGCUACUCCAUUGGAGAUCUUUACACAUGAGCCUGGGAGUAACAUCCACCUGAAGUGUUUGACUAAUAAAGAUGAUCAAUGGGAUGACCUAAUGUGGAAUAGGACAAGUGAAAAGGAGGUUAAAUAUAUAGGAUGUGCAGCGAUCAACGACGUAGGAGUGUUCAAGAUUAAUGUUAUCAAUGAACAUUUCAAGCUACAUAGAACAAUAGACAAUUUCAUCUUAAACAUUACAAAUGUCCGGCCAUCAGAUUCAGGGACAUACUGCUGUGUGAGGACAAAAUCAACAGGAGCAAACGUAAUCCUAAAUGUGGCUGUGCUGGUGGUGAAAGAAAAGGCCGCUGUUUCCACAUCAGGACCUGCAACCACUGAUGAUUUCCCAAACUCUACACAAUGUGUAGGGUGCCGAAAGGAACUCACAGAUAUGGGCUCUCAAGGUGUAAUCAAGGCUCUCGGCGGCUCUCUGGGCCUGUGUGUCACUCUGAUUGUGUUUCUGGGAUAUCUGAGCUACAAGAGACGAGUGUGCAAGCACUGCAGAGAGAAAGCUUGUCAGGUGCAACAAGACACAACUCUGUCAACUCAAAAUGCCUGCCAGGAUGAUGAGACACUGAACUAUGCUCCUGUACACUUUGCUAAGACAGGCGAACAGCAGAAGAGAAUGCAGGAGAAGAACACAUCUCAGCCACAAGAGGAAACUCUUUACGCUGGAGUGAAAUACUCUUAGUCAAAAUACAAACACCGUUGGCAAAUUUCACGGCCAGAUGUACUCAGUGAAGUUCCCCUGUUUCCCUCCCAUCUUGGUUCUUCACGUUUCCUCACCCGGCAUGAUCUCUCUGUCUGCCUGAUGGUUAUAUUCAGAGCAGAAAUAGUAUUUGAGAUCUGUGUUAAAGUGUUAAAGGGAAUACUGUAAAAUAUUGUCUCUGCCCUGCAUUCAGUGAGGGAUCUGUGUGAGACUGCACCUGUGUAUGGUCUUAUGAAAUUACAGCCUACAAUUCACAGCUCAUUUAUCUGCUUCUAAGUUUUCAUUAUUUUUUUCCAUCUGAAUGUGCUCCACAAGCUAGUAAAAACCUGCAUAUGUAUGUAAUAGCUUGAAUACUUUAUUGCAAUUAUAUUCUGGCGUACAGGGCCGCUGCAGGCUAUUUGGGUGCCCUUAGUGAAAUUUGUUAGUGGGGCCCCCUCAAACAUCUGAUGCAUGAUGUAAAUGUUUUUUAAAUUUCAAAAUAUAUUAUAAGUUAUUGUAUCUCUCUCUCUCUCUCUCUCUCUCUCUCUCUCUCUGUUUGUUUAUGGACUCAUGUUUAAAAUAAC